AUGGGAAACUUUUGUCAGAAGCACUGCGCCUGUUUGGAGCCUUACAUCCCAUGCUUAUUCUCGGGGAGUGACAGUGAGCAAGAUGAGAAAGUCGGCCAAGUCUUCACCAACCUUGCUGUUGUAAGGCAUGACUUCCAAGCAGGACAGAAAGAUGGAGACAGUAAGAUAAAAGAGAAACCUCUACCUCCACUGCCUGGCCAGCAUCUGGUGAAUAUUUGCAGAUUUGUGGCACUCUUUGACUAUGAGGCUCGCACUGAGGAGGACUUGAGCUUCCGAGCUGGGGAUAAGCUUGAAGUGCUGGAUGCAUCCCACGAGGGCUGGUGGUAUGCUAGACUUCUGCCAACAGGGUUAGCCUGUCCUGGCCGCAAGCUCCAGGGCUACAUCCCUGCCAACUACAUAGCUGCUGACCAGAGCAUCGAAGCUGAGCUAUGGUUUUUUGGCCCAAUCAGACGAGCAGAUGCCGAGAGACAACUGUUAUGCCCUGGAAACCAGGCAGGAGCCUUCCUAAUCCGAGAAAGCGAAAGUCUAAAAGGCGAAUACUCACUUUCAGUUUUUGAUGGUGUAUCUGUGAAGCACUACAGGAUCAGAAAGCUGGAUGAAGGAGGCUUUUUCCUAAGCAGAAGGAAAACUUUCAAAACUCUGAAUGAAAUUGUUGACUAUUACAGUAAGAACAGUGAUGGCCUCUGUGUGGUGCUCGGAAAGCCAUGCCUAAAGAUACAAAUUCCUACUACUUUUGAUUUAUCAUAUAAAACUGUCGAUCAGUGGGAAAUAGACCGACAAUCUCUGAAAUUGUUGAAAAAAUUAGGAUCUGGCCAGUUUGGUGAGGUAUGGCAAGGACUGUGGAAUAAUACCACCCCUGUGGCAAUCAAGACAUUAAAACCAGGUUCAAUGGAUCCAAAGGACUUUCUGAGGGAAGCACAAAUAAUGAAGAACUUGAGACAUCCAAAGCUUAUACAGCUUUAUGCUGUGUGUACUCUGGAGGACCCGAUUUAUAUUGUUACUGAGCUGAUGAGAUACGGAAGUCUUCUAGAAUACCUUCAAAAAGAUGCAGGGUCCCAAAUCUUCCUGCAACAUCAAGUCGACAUGGCUGCUCAGGUGGCUUCCGGGAUGGCUUACCUUGAAACUCAAAACUAUAUCCAUCGGGAUCUGGCAGCCAGGAAUGUUCUUGUUGGUGAACACAGUGUUUACAAAGUGGCAGACUUUGGACUUGCAAGAGUUUUUAAGGUAGAAAAUGAAAACGUAUAUGAAGCUAGGCCUGAAACAAAACUCCCAGUGAAAUGGACAGCCCCGGAGGCAAUCCGCUACAACAAAUUCAGUGUUAAGUCAGAUGUCUGGUCAUUUGGAAUACUUCUAUUUGAAAUAAUCACCUACGGGAAGAUGCCUUAUGCCGGUAUGCCAGGACACCAGGUGAUCCAGAUGCUGGACAAGGGGUACAGACUUCCUCAACCGGCCACCUGCCCAGCGCCGCUCUACCAGCUGAUGCUGCAGUGCUGGAACGCAGAGGCGGACGGGCGGCCCACCUUUGAGGCUCUCUGCGGGCAGCUGGAGUGCUACUUUGAGACCAACUCCUCUUCCUAUGCCCAUGCUCAGGCCGUGGUGAAAUGA